GCUUUGGGCCGCUGCCCAUGUGUUGCAGCAUGGCUUCGCGUGUACUCUCCCGCUUGGUGUAGGGACACCCCGCUUACGACACUGCUGCACAAUGAUAUGCAGACUGGGGUAUGGGCGUAUAUAGACGAGUUGCUGCACUUUGCGCGUUGCUAGAGUUCUAGUGUACCGGUUCGUGUCGCGAUCUUUUCAUUAGUCGGGUGCGUUCUUCGACUGCGACUGCGACUGCGACGACGACGACGACGACAACAACGCACGUAUGCGUUUUCCCUUGCAACAAUGACGACUUCCCACCAUCGGAACCCUUCCGUCGCGGAAGAACCUGUGACUUCUGUUCUUCCGGACGGCGACAUACCUUACGAUCCCACGCAUUCUUUGAACCCGGAUGAAGAGGUUCUGGCGGCACUUGGUUACAAAUCCGAGUUCAAGAGAGAAUUUUCCCUCUUUACCACAUUCUGUGUCAGUUUCGCAGUUCUGGGUCUACUGCCCAGUUUCGCAUCUACACUGUAUUAUGGCAUGGGCUAUGCAGGGACAGCUGGCAUGACCUGGGGUUGGAUCGUAGCCAUGAUAGGAAUUCAAUGUGUGGCUAUGAGUAUGGCGGAGCUGUGCAGUAGCAUGCCGACGAGUGGAGGGUUAUAUUAUGCUUCUGCCGUCCUAGCACCACCUGGUUGGGGACCUUUUGCUGCGUGGCUCACUGGUUGGAGUAACUGGCUCGCUCAGAUUACAGCGGCACCGUCCGGCAAGUACAAAACCGUCAUCCCUUCAGUCAAUUAUGGAAUUGCGGCCAUGAUACUUGCGGCGGCUAGUAUCAACGACCCAUCUUACGUCCCCACAGACUAUCAGACGUUCUUGCUAACCGUCUUUAUCAUGAUACUGCAUGCCAUUCUUUCCUCGAUGCCGACGCGCUGGCUCGCACAAUUCAAUUCUGCUGGUUCGACAUUCAACUUCAUCGCGCUCGUUGUCGUCAUCAUCAUGAUACCAGCCGGCACAGACCGCACAGAACGUGGCCUUCCUCGUUUUGCUCCUUCGAGCGAAGUUUGGGGCACGAUCUAUGAGGGAACAUCCUUUCCAGCCGGCAUCUCAGUUUUAAUGUCCUUUAUCGGCGUUAUCUGGACUAUGUCCGGCUACGAUUCACCGUUCCAUCUUGCAGAAGAAUGCUCUAAUGCGAACAUCGCUUCUCCGCGCGCUAUCGUCCUAACGUCGGCCACUGGAGGUAUAUUUGGCUGGUUCCUGCAGCUGGUUGUUGCAUACACUGUCGUUGAUAUCGAGCUGGUCCUUGACUCGGAGCUUGGGCAGCCGUUCGCCGCGUACCUGAUGCAGUGUAUGUCGCAAAAGAUGACAUUGGCCAUCCUUGCCCUAACCAUCAUCGCGGGGUUCAGCAUGGGUCAAGGGUGUAUGAUUGCCGCAAGCCGAGUCACAUUCGCCUAUGCUCGUGAUGAUUGUUUCCCUCUGAGUAAGUACUGGAAGAGAGUCAACCGACAUACUCAAACGCCUGCAAACGCCGUGUGGUUCAACUGCGCAGUCGGUAUACUGUGCCUGCUGCUCAUCUUUGGUGGAGAGUUGGCAGUUGGAGCGCUGUUCUCGAUUGGCGCUAUUGCAGCUUUUGUCGCAUUUACUAUACCAAUCUUCAUCCGCGUCUUUUUCGUAGGGAACCGUUUCAGACCGGGUCCCUGGAAUCUAGGGAAGUACUCUAGCGCAAUUGGCAGCGUCGCAUGCGUGUUCGUCUUGCUUAUGAUACCUAUCCUAUGUUUCCCCAGCAUAACCGGAGCAGACUUGACUGUUGCAGACAUGAAUUGGACAUGUGUUGUCUACGGUGGCCCAAUGUUGUUGGUAACGAUAUGGUGGUUCGUUUCAGCGCACAAAUGGUUCAAAGGACCAAAGGUAAACAUUGAGCACAUGAUGCUCGGACGAGAAGAGGCUGUGGUUGUCGGACAGGGGUCGGUAGACGGGAAGGAUGGCGAUAGCUCGUUGGGGGAUGUAAAAGCGCCAGAGAAGAUUACCAAAUCGUGA